UGUAAACAUGGAAGAAAGGACGAAGCCGAUUUCUUGAUUUCUUGAUCAAAACUCGGCAUAAAAAGCACAAUAGACAAGCUUAGAUUCGGCUGAAAUUCUGCCUAGGGCUCACAUUCACAAACUAAACCACGCUAAGUGAAAACAGGCAUUGUACAUGGUGAAGAACUGAGACAAUCUUAGAGGUGCAAGUUCUGAAUAAAAAAUGAGUUCAUCUUUUCGUAGCAGUGUGUGGGACCCAGUCCACAUCAUUUUUCAAAUUCUGACAAUGCAGUCAAUAUAUUAUGUGUGGUUAGGUGUUUGGAUUUGCAUAAUGGACUAUAUAGCAGGGACAGACAGAUCUUUGGAUCAAAUGUUUAGUUAUCAGGCUCUGAUAUUUAAAGAUUUAAAUGGUCGAUUAAUAAUGGGGAGCUUUGUUCUAAAUGCAUUAACAUGUGCCAUUGGACUCUGGUAUAUCAUAAAACGGACAAAACAGUGUUUAGAUUUCACAAUAACAGUCCAUUUUGUCCACCUCCUGGUGUGUUGGAUUUACAAUCACACCUUUCCGGCGACGGUAUCGUGGUGGUUAGUGAACAUCAUAUGUAUUGUUAUCAUGACUGUGCUCGGUGAAUUCUUGUGUAUGAGAACUGAAUUGAAAGCAAUACCCAUUUCAGUCGGACCAAAGGUGGAUUUAUAGUGGAGGGUGAAUGUGCGGUGACAUUCUGGAUACCUGUGUUGCGGGUCGUUGAAAGUGUCAGAGGAUAAGAGAACGUGUAAGGACCAAAUUCAGAUUGAUAUGCCCCUUUUAUGCACCAACCUGUACAAUGUAUCGUCAUCCACAUGUAUAGAAAGAGUGAAAUGAAAGCCAUUCAAUAUUCAGUGGGGGAAGAAAUGAGAGAACACCUUCAUGUAGGCAGAGUUGGCAGAGUUUGGGUAGUAAACUUCUCAUGUGACCGACUUGAUCAAAAACAUUUCAGUCUUCAGAACUUUUUGAUUAUAUUGUGUACUGGUAGUGCAGUUAGCUCUGACGUAAGCUUGAAACGUGCGUUAUUGUGUUAAAACGACAAACUAUACUUUUAAAUAUCAAGUACCCUGUUUCAUAUUGUGUACCAUACUACAUGUUCUAUACAAUGCUACUGUGUCAUCAUACUGUACGCGUGUGGUAUCUUUGCUCUCCAAACCCAUGACAUGUUGUGAAAGACUUUCCUACUAUACAAACAAUAAUAAUCAUUGCUUAAAGAUGUAUAUUUUACUGGUAAUUGCUAGAGGGAGUCCUGGGAAUUGAUCUUACUGAGAAAAGCUGAAAUUCAUUUUCGAAAUUGACCAUGAAUUGCCCUUGAUUUGGUGAAAAACAAUGCCCUCUGGAAAACCUGGCCAGUGCUUGUAGAUAGAUGUACUCUUGGCUCAUGUCAUCAUUGUCGUUAGGUUUGGAGAAUUCGGCCAAAUGCCAAGACAAAAUGCCUCAUCUGUUAAAGGUGAAUUCAUCACCAUAGUAAUGGAAUGGGAUGGGAUAUAUUUUUGAGUUUCAUCUAAGAAAAUUGGCAAAGAAUUGAAACAGUUAAACUCCCCCGUCUUGUCAAGUUCCGAGUUGUUAGUUGUGAUAGGAAGUUUUUGUGGUCUCUUUGUCCGCUCCACUUCAUCUUUGCAUUGUGUACAUUUAUAACUUUGUUGUAAAAUGUGCUUCUAUAUUUAAAAAAAUACAUUUUAUCGAGUAACGAUUCACUCCAAACUCAUCUCAGUCCUGUCAAGUUGGCUGUCUGAAGAAAGUUUCGAAAUAAGAAACGGUGAAAAUUCUAAGCAACUUCUUCAACAACAGUACUGGUAUUGUGGUCAAUUAUUGUACACUUGUUAUAUAUAGGCAGGAAGAGUCCAUUGUUGUUUGUUAUACAGGGGUAGCAAGUGCAUAUGCUAAUGUGGCUGAGAUAUAACCUUACUUCCCUAGCCAAGUGGAAUGGGCCGCCCUCAAUAACAUAGAAGAUGGUGAAUGGACUCUUCUUUCCUGUAAUAGAAGAAGUGUACCAUUUUCCCUGGGGCUAUUGACUGCCCAUGGUACAAGACAGAGCUGGGUUGGGAGUAUUUUUGGCUUUGGUAUAUAUUUAUUUCUUUGAUGUUCAUGACAUUUGUAUAAAUCGGUUUCUCAGCAGUGCAGUAAUAUCACUGUGACUGCUAUUCUAGAUCAAGAAGAAAAAGCAAUAAAUAGUGUAUCUUUGCUGACUUUGGGUCAUGAUGUUAUAAAACUAGAAGACAUCUGCCUUAGUUUUGCCAUGGUGUGAUAAUGGGGACAGUGGUCUCAUAGUCAAUUGCAUUUCAAUGUUAGAAUGUCGUAAACCUGCACAUCAUCAUUCACAGUUCAUAGCGGGCACAUUGAAAACAUUUUAUGAGAAUCUGUACAUGUAACUUCUUGAACACAUAGUGGAAGGUGAAAUGCAACAGUUUGCAUUAUGAUUUAAAAGAAUGUGUUUUCAUUUCUGAAGAAGUCUCCAUUUUUGAAGUCAUUUAUGCCACGAAGUCUAACUGAGGAGACUGCUCAAGAAAUAUUGACCUUGGUCGAGGUUUACAAAAGGUUUAUGCUUGAUUGUACGCAAAUGGGGACGAGAGUUUUGGCUUAUUUGAUUCAAAUCAGUUGAAGUUGACAAAGGGUAGGUUUUUCUUGAACCUGUGGGAGGGCUGGGGGCUGUGAGUACUAGUCUACUUCUUCACUAGCCCCUCUUAUAUUUUUGUGAGCAGGUUCAAACUGCUUUAGUGAUGUCCAUCUCUGUACCAAAGUUUUUGCGAAUAAAAUUAUUUAUUU